AUGAAUGAGGGUCACUCUGCUACGACCCUCCUGAGAAGGUGCCACCUCGCCCUGUCCAAGCCCGACACCGACGCCCCUGUCCCGGCUCGCCAAUCUGUCGAUCCCGCUGAUGGCGACGUCUCACAGACUGAGAAUGAUGGGCAGUUCUUGUCGGAGUUCUCAGACUUGUUUGAGAGUCUGGACGGCUCGCCAUCUAAUCAGGACUCAAGGCAGGUCACAGCCCAGGAGCUGGUUCAGCCUGCUGAUGGGAGACAAAACCUGCGGAUGAAGUUCCAAGGCGCUUUCAAAAAGGGCAUUUCCAACCCAAUGGAUUUACUGGAAUCCACCAUAUACGAAUCAAGUGUGGUUCCAGGUCCAAAGAAAGCACCAAUGGAUUCCCUCUUUGAUUACGGCACCUACAGGAACAGUAACCAGAAACGACGCAGGAAGAAGCUACCAAGAGGUAAAACAGAGACAUCCAAUGAAGACGGUCCAAGUGAGGAUGCUCCAAAGGUUAUGAAAGUUUUCAACCGCUCUCUCCUCUUUGAAUGUGUGUCACGUGGCGAUCCCGAAGCCUUAGAGGGCCUGUUGGAGUACUUGCAAAGUAACGAGAAGAGGUUGACGGAUGAAGAGUUCAAAGAGCUGUCCACUGGUAAGACAUGUCUUCCUAAAGCCCUGUUGAACCUCUACAGUGGGCAGAACGACACCAUCCCACUGUUGGUGGACAUAGCAGAGAAGACAGGAAGCCUGAGAGAGUUUAUCAACACACCUUUUAGGGAUGUUUACUAUAGAGGCCAGACGGCACUCCACAUUGCCAUCGAGCGCCGCUGUAAACAGUACGUGGAACUAUUGGUGGAGAAAGGGGCUGAUGUUCACGCACAAGCCAGAGGACGCUUUUUCCAGCCCAGGGACGAGGGUGGCUACUUCUACUUUGGUGAGCUGCCUCUCUCACUGGCCGCGUGCACCAAUCAGCCAAACAUUGUGCAUUAUCUGACCGAGAAUCCUCACAAGAAGGCUGACCUGAGGCGCCAAGAUUCCCGUGGCAAUACGGUCCUGCACGCCCUGGUUCACAUUGCCGACAACACCAAAGACAACACCCGUUUCCUCACCAAGAUGGAUGACCUGAUUCUGAUCAAGAGCGCCAAACUUUACCCAGAUUGCAGCCUGGAGAGGGUGGUCAAUAACGAUGGGAUGUCACCUCUUAUGAUGGCAGCCAAACUCGGGAAGAUCGGGGUUUUUCAACAUAUCAUUCGACGUGAAAUCAAAGACGAGGACGUCCGUCAUCUGUCACGCAAGUUUAAAGACUGGGCUUAUGGACCAGUGUACUCAUCCUUGUAUGAUCUAUCUUCGUUGGACACCUGUGGAGGUGAACCUUCUGUGCUGGAGAUACUUGUUUACAACAGUCGCAGUGAGAUCCGUCAUGAGAUGCUGGCAGUGGAGCCCAUAAAUGAACUGCUGAGGGCUAAGUGGCAGAAAUUUGCAGCCGUGACCUUUUACAUCAAUGUAGUUUCCUACCUAUUCACCAUGAUCGUCUUUACCCUGGUGGCUAUUUAUCACCCGACACAAGGAACGCCCCCGUACCCUUAUACAACAUCCAGUGACUACUUGCGGAUGACAGGAGAGGUCAUCACAUUAGCAUCCGGAAUUUUCUUCCUCCUUACCAACAUUAAGGAUCUCUUCUUGAAGAAGUGCCCUGGGGUGAAGUCGUUAUUUAUUGAUGGAUCCUUUCAACUGCUGUAUUUCAUUUACUCGAUUCUGAUCAUAGUAACAGCCGCUCUGUACUUGUCUGGUAUUGAGGCUUAUGUGUCUGUGAUGGUUUUUGCUCUUGUCCUGGGAUGGAUGAACACACUUUACUUCACCAGAGGCCUCAAGCUCACUGGUACCUACAGCAUCAUGAUACAGAAGAUUCUGUUCAAAGAUCUGUUCAGGUUUCUACUGGUGUAUGUCCUUUUCAUGAUUGGCUACGCUUCAGCCCUGGUAUCCCUCCUCACUGUGUGCCCUCCCCCUGGCACGGACUGUGACGAUGGCUGCCCGACGUACCCAAAGUGCAGGGACCCUGACACCUUCAGUACUUUCUUACUGGACCUCUUCAAACUGACCAUCGGGAUGGGAGAGCUGGACAUGAUCCACAGUGCUCAAUACCCGGCAGUUUUCCUCAUUUUAUUAGUGACCUACAUCAUCCUCACCUUUGUGCUGCUGCUCAACAUGUUGAUCGCCUUGAUGGGGGAGACGGUUGGCCAGGUGUCAAAGGAGAGCAAAAAGAUUUGGAAGCUGCAGUGGGCAACAACCAUCUUGGACAUCGAACGCUCAUUUCCAGUUUGCAUUCGCAAGUCAUUUCGAGUUGGUGAGAUGGUGACUGUUGGGAAGAACUGGGAUGGAACGCCUGACCGACGAUGGUGCUUCAGAGUGGAUGAGGUGAACUGGUGCCACUGGAAUCAAAACCUGGCAAUAAUCAAUGAGGACCCAGGCAAGAAUGAGACCUGUCAAGCCAAUGGUCUUCAGCAAAGUGUCCGAGGCUUGAGGAGGGACCGCUGGUCCACUGUUGUUCCACGGGCAGUGGAGUUAAGUCGGGGUCCUCGGCCUCGUGAUCUUGUCAUAGAAAUGGAACCCCUCACAUCCCGUCACUGA